GUUGUACCAUAGAACGGUGCUCGCGCAACCUAUCUCGUUAAGGUAGGCGUGAACGUUGUUAGGAAUAAGCCAAUUGCCAUUAACCACCACCGCUCAACACCAAUCAGAGAACAAAAACUGUUUAGAACAUGAAAAUGAAGCAGAUCAUAACAGAAGAACCAGCAGAGAUGCAUCCAUCCGAUUUCUCCCAUGAUGACGAUGAUGAAGAGGAGCAACUUGAUGCUCCUGUUAAACCCAAAAGAAUCAAAGUCAGUGAAGAGGAGGAGGUGGUCUACCACCCAGUGAAACUGUCCCGGAAUGAUUUAUAUAGACCUCCAACAGCUGAGGAGCUAAAUCACCUGAAAGAAGCUGAAAGUCUGUUCCACUGCAGCCUUCUUAAGAUGCAGAUGGAGGAGCUGCUGAAGGAGGUUGCCCUGAGUGAACGGAAGAAACAGCAAAUCGAUUCCUUCGUGAAAACAGUCACCAAGCUGCUCGAGACUGUGCCGGCAUCACCAGAGGUUGAGGUGAGUGAUCUGUCGUGGCUGUCUGGUGCAGUUAAGAUUCCUUUUCUCCUGGUGCCCAAAACAACAAAGGGCAGGUUCCACAUGGCACCUCCAGCUUCCAUUGAUCUGAUCGGGAGCUACCCGCUUGGCACCUGCAUUAAACCGCACGUGAAGGUGGAUCUCCUUGCCACAAUCCCAGCUGAUAUCCUGCACCCAAAAGAUGUUUUAAACCAGAGGUAUCCAAGGAAAAGGGCCCUCUAUCUUGCAGGACUUGCCCAGCACCUGAAGUCCUCCCCUGACAUCGGGACGAUGCGUUAUUCCUGCCUCCAUGGGAACAGACUCCAACCAGUCCUGCUGCUGACUCCCCCUGGCAAAAACUCUUCCAGUUUCACUGUGUGCGUUCAUGUCUGCCCACCUCCUGGGUUCUUUAAGCCCAGUCGUUUUCACCCCCAGAGGAAUAACAUCAGGACAGAGUGGUAUACUGGAUUGCAGGCUUCCCACACUGAGAGCAGUGAACCUCCAACUCCACACUACAACAGCUCUGUUGUGGGAGAUUUAUUGCCCAGGGCUCACCUCCAGUUCCUUUCCGCCAUCCGCUCCCAGUGCUCAGCUUUCUCUGAUGGAAUAACUUUGCUCAAAGUGUGGCUUCAUCAAAGAGAGCUAGAUCAGGGCACUGGUUGUUUUAAUGGAUUCCUGGCCUCCAUGCUCUUGGCUUACCUGCUGAUGACCCACCGAAUCAGUAACACCAUGACAGCCUAUCAGCUGCUUCGAAACAGCUUGAAUUUCCUAGCAUCUACAGACCUGACUGUGAGUGGGAUAAGCCUAGCCAAAGAUCCUGAUUCCACAGCUCCAUCUCUUGUAGAGUUCCACAAUGCUUUCCAGGUUGUGUUUGUUGACCCUUCAGGACAUCUUAACAUGUGUGCUGACAUGACUGCUUGUACCUACAAACAGUUGCAGCACGAGGCAUUUGUUUCAAUGCAGUUCUGGGACGACCCAACAGUAGACGGCUUCCACUGCCUCCUAAUGACUCCCAAACCAAUGAUCAGGACAAGCGACCAUGUCUUCCAGUUAUGUGACUUGGUGAAGCUCCAGGCUAGCUGUAAGAAACAGAACCUGUUCAGCGAGUUAAUGGACCACAGCGGAAAUUAUUUCCUUACUGCGCUCCCAUUUAUCCUUUCGCUGCUCCAGCAAGGGCUCGGCCAAAGGAUUCGCCUCCUCACCCACUCCCUGUCUCCUGAUCCUGAGUGGUCUGUGGAGAGCGAAGCCCCGAAGUACAAGGCUCAGCCUCCCCUUUCUUUUGGUCUGCUCCUAAAUCCAGAGCUAGUGGCUUCUGUCCUGGAAAAAGGUCCACCUGCAGACAGCCCCAAGGCGGCUGAGUUUUGUCAGCUGUGGGGCUCUCGCUCCGAGCUGCGUCGCUUCCAGGAUGGUGCCAUCACCGAGGCGGUGCUGUGGGAUGGAAAGAGCGCGUACCAAAAGCGGCUGGUCCCCAAACAGAUCAUCACACACUUGCUGCAGCUACACGCAGAUAUCCCAGAGUCCUCUGUGCGAUUUGUCGGGACCAUGGUAGAUGAGGUGAUCAUCAGCGGAAAUGAGGUGCCCACUACUGGCGAGGAGGAGAGUUUAGUUGUAGUGCAGUCUUACGAUGAUCUGAGCAGGAAAUUGUGGAAACUGGAAGAUCUGCCACUUUCCAUUACUGCAGUGCAAGGUGCCCACCCUGCCCUUAGAUACACACAGGUCUUUCCUCCAGAGCCAGUGAAGCUUGAUUAUUCCUUCUUUGACAGAGGGAAGGCUUGUAGGUCUUUGUUACCAAAAGAAGGCAAGCCCUGUCCACAUUAUAUCACUCCUAUAACAGUCAUUUGUCACAUGGAAGGGAGUGGCAAGUGGCCUCAUGACCGAAUUGCAAUUCGCCAUAUCCGAGCUGCCUUUCACAUCAGCCUGGCAGAGUUGCUCAAAAAGCACCACAACUAUACCUGCAGGCCCUGCCCCACUCACUUAGAUGUGUGGAAGGAUGGUUUGGUGUUUCGGAUCCAGGUGGCGUACCACCGUGAGCCCCAGGUGCUGAGGGAGAGCGUGAAUGCUGAGGGCCUCCUGGUUGUGAGGGACAAUGAGGAGGCUCAGGCUCUGGAGAUGGCCACUAUUCACAAGCCUCUCCUUACAAGCACAUUGCAUGGUCUCCAGCAGCAGCACUCAUGUUUUGGAGCUGUGUGUCGGCUGGUUAAGCGCUGGCUCGCGGCUCAGCUCUUCAGCGAAGACAUCACAGAAGACACAUCGGAUCUGCUAGUGGCAUCGCUUUUCCUGCAUCCUGCUCCCUUUAGUCCUCCAAGCUCUCCCCAGGUGGGUUUCCUCCGGUUCCUUCGUUUGCUCUCUGCCUUUGAUUGGAAGAACAACCCGCUGGUUGUCAACCUCAACAACCAGCUCACAGUCGCAGAGUACACAGAGAUUAAGAAUGACUUCAUGGCCUCCAGAGAGUCUCUGCCCGUCAUGUUUAUAGCAACGCCUAAAGACAAAAAGCUGUCUUUGUGGACCAGACGAGCACCCAGCGUGCAGAUGCUUCAGCGUGCGAUGAUGGUGGCUGCUGAAAGCCUUAAAGUACUGGAACAUCAGCUGAUGGACGGCAGCCAGAUACAGGAUAUGAGGGUCAUUAUGCGUCCUCCACUCGAUGCCUAUGAUGUUUUGAUUCACCUGAACCCGAAGCAGGUUCCUCUGCUCAGACAUGCUGUGGACCCUUCAGCUGUCUCUUUUAGCAGGGGAGUGAUGGCUGAAAGUGCAGCCCAGCCCGGAGGUGCUAUGCCUGUCAUCGACUACAACCCUGUCUCUCUCUACCUGAAAGAGCUUAGAGAUGCAUUUGGAGACCUGGCCCUCUUCUUCUGUGAUCCAUAUGGUGGAACAGUGAUCUCAGUCUUAUGGAAACCUAAAGCUUUUGUCCCUGCACCUUUUAAAACAUCACAGAUGGCUGCUCAAAGCGUGGAGGUGACAGGGGAGGAGGUAAAAACCAUUCCCAAUGUGGAAGCAAUCCUGGAAGAUUUCCGUGUAAUGGGAAAGGGCUUGGUGAAAUCGGUGGAAGCAAGAACCGAGAAGUGGAUGCUUUAGACUGAUAGACCAAUUUAUUUAUUUUUGUUCUUUUGCAGGUCUUUUCUUAACAUGACAUUUCUCUAGAGAGGCUAAAUUGGCGAUAAGAUUUAAAGCCAGAAACACAUAAAUGAAUGUUGACUAUGUCCUUAACAGCUGAUUGUAGUAGUAACUGCAUUGCUUAAAAAGACAACAUACAUGUUUGUUCUUGUAAGGCUGUUUCAUGUUUUAGUAAAUUUAUAUCGACUUUUUGGCUUUAAAUGAGAUUCUUGUCAUUAUAUAAAAUUCUUAAUAUUUUUUAAUUCCAUAUGACACAUUAUAAAUCCAUAUUGUCCACAUUUAUAAUUCCUGGCACACAGUAGGGAAAAUUGAUAAUGAACAUGUCGACAUUUUUCUCAAUAAAUUCAUUUCUAAUUAA